AUGAAAGUUAUCGUCAUUGAUCACUUUGGUGGACCCGAAGCUCUCGUCUUCAAGGACCUUCCAGAACCGGAGCCGAAAGCGGGCCAUGCUAUUGUCCAGGUGAAGGCCCUUGGCUUGAAUCACGCCGAGUCGCACAUGCGCAAGGGCAAGUGGCCCGAGUAUAUGCCUGUCACUGGUCUGGAGUGUGUCGGUUCGGUGACUGCAUGUCCGGGCGGGGAGUUCGCCGCCAUCAUGGGUGGCCUAGGUCAGUUGAUUCCGGGGACGUACGCCGAAUACACCAGCGUUCCGGUAUUGAACCUGCUGGGCAUUGAAACCUCGUUGCCUUGGGCCGCGAUUCCAGAGACUAAUGCCUGCGUGGUCAACCGUCUUCGGCAUCCUGGAGUUAAAGCGUGGGCAAAUUUUACUCAUCCGUGGCGCUACCUCAGCGCUCCGCCAGGCCGCUUGCCAUCUCGCCGUUCAUACUGGAGCCAUCGUCACAGCUACCUCACGUUGGCGGGAACGCUUCCCACAGAUGCAGGCGAUGGGUGUCCAUGCUGCCAAGCUCGAGGGCCCGGACUUGGUACCAGAAAUCGCCGCUUCAGACUUGAGGUUCGAUGUCGUUCUGAAUUUGGUAGGAAACUCUGUCCUUAUCGAGAGCAUGACGAUCGUCCGUCGUGGAGUUCAUUUGUGCCAGGGCGGAUGGCUGGGUGGCUUGGGACCCACUGUGGGCUUCAAUCCAAUGACUCAGAUGGGCACUGGCAUCCACUUCAGUCUCUUAUACAGCAAGGUCUUGGGCACAUCGGGCUUCCACUUUUAGAUGUGCCGCUGCAGGAGACCGUACGACGCGUUGAGGAGGGAGAUUGGAGUGCCAAACCAUCGCAUAUCUACGAUUUUGCGCAUAUUCACGAGGCGCAUAGAAUGUUCGAUUCCGGACCAGCCAAUGGCAAGCUUGUUCUUCGGAUGUGA